AAUGUGCAGAUUUGGAAAGAAUUUCCAAAUUUCUUUUUUGGAAAGAAGAUGAUCCAUUAUAAUUUCAAUGCAAAAUGAUUAUAUAGUCAUUUUGGUAUUUUGAUAAUAUUUUUAAAUGUAUUUUUUGUUUUUACAGUUUAAGGAGCAAAAAGAUUUUGAAUAUGGCUGGACAAGCAGAAUACAGCAAUGAGUUUAGGUGAUUCUAUGCUCUUCGAUAGUCAUAGUACCACAAUAUGCUGAAGACCAGACGUUGGACGUUUAAAUUCACUGCAAUGUAAAUUUGCUGUACCUACGAUAUAAAUGUUUUUCUUGAAAAUAUAUUUGCUUCAGAUUUUUAAAUAGUUGAUUACAUUUUUUAAAAUUUGUAUUUUUUUAAAUAAAUACAAUAGCAUAGAUAAUGUAAUACUUUUUUAAAGUUUUAAAAUUAACAACAGCAUCAUUGUAAAUAAAACUGCUGAGCUGCACAUGGUGAAAGGUGUUCAUUUGUCUCCCAAGUUAUCAAUAAAUCUAUACUAAAACUAAUAUUAAUUAAUUAAUGCUAAUCUAUAAUUUAUACAUGACUUGAUAUCAUUAAUGUUUAAACAUAAAUUGUCAGCUAAUUCUAUUUAUUAUGUGCUAGUUAAAUAAUUAAAAUGAAAGACAAAGCAGAAACCAAGGUUCUUAUAUAGAGAACUGAACACUAAAAUAUACUUUUUUUCACUGUUUAUGAUUUAACACAACUGAAUAUUUUCCAAAAACAGAAAUACACUUGACUUUUUUUGAGGUGAGCUUUUAAGUUUAGAAUUUAACAUUGACCACUUUCUUUGUAUCUGUAUAACUUGAUAGCAGUUCGAAGAUGUCGCACAGAAGAUCUACUCCACUUCAACUUCAAGCGAAAGUUUGUCCACAGGACGAGAGAGCGUUUGAGUCUCGAGAAAGACCUGGUUAGAGAAUACUCAAAAUGAGCAAAAAAACUCCAAAUCGACCAGGGAUCACGUUUGAGGUUGGUGCCAGGGUCGAGGCCCAGGAUUAUCUACAAAAAUGGUACCCUUCACGCAUUGAGAAGAUUGAUUAUGAUGAAGGAAAGAUGCUUGUGCAUUUUGACCGUUGGAGCCAUAGGUAUGAUGAAUGGAUUCUGUGGGACAGCAACAGACUUCGACCCUUAGAGAGACCGGCACUCCGCAAAGAGGGUCUCAAAGAAGAGGAGGUGUCUGAGAGACUCAGCGAGAUGAGAGCAUCUCGCCUUCGUGAGCUUCCUGGAAGUACAGAGAGCACAGAAGACCAAAAAGACUUACCCCAGCAGAGACAAGAAUUGAGAGACGGGGAGGAAGUGCUUGCACGAUGGACAGAUUGCCGCUACUACCCUGCAAAGAUAGAAAGUAUCAACAAGGAAGGAACUUACACUGUACAAUUUUAUGAUGGUGUCAUUCGCUGUGUGAAAAGAAUCCAUAUCAAGUCCAUGCCAGAAGAUGCAAAAGGACAACAGGACUGGAUCGCACUGGUGAAAGCUGCCUCUGCUGCGGCCAAGAAUAAAGGAGGAAACAGACCACGUACCAGCGCCAACAGCAACAAGGACAGAGAGGAUAGGAGAGAACAGCGGUCAGAUGAAGAGGAGGAUGAUGAUGAUGCUGACGAGGAUGAUGAUGAUGAUGAUGAUGAUGAUGGGGAGGAGGAGGAGGAGGAGGAGGACAGUGAAUCGGAGAAACUUGCAGAUCUGGACUCAGAAGAAGAGGACAGUAAGCCACCUGCUGAGGAACUUGAAUCGGCUAUAGCAAAGAGGAGGAGCAAAAGACAAGGCAACCAGUGCAGCAUUAAAAGGAGUCGCCUUGGCAAAGGAGCAGGGUGUGCUGACACUGAGACUGAAUUGAAAGCAGAGACUAAAGAGCUUCCAGUGACACCACAGCAGAAAGUACCAAGUCCAGAGCCUAGUCCAGCUGAUGAGAAGUCCCAGUCGGUCAGUGCCCAAAAGACAACCCCAUCCCUCUCUAACCCACCUGCAUGCAAAGCUCGUUCAAGAAGACUGAAACAUGACUCUGGAGAGUCCGCAUCCAGCUGUCAGAACACACCUGCAGCCCCCGAAUCUAGUCCUUUACCCAGCCCAACACAAACCCUUCCAGACAGCACACACACUGCCCCUUCCAGCUCCCCCCAAAGAAGGAGACGAUCUCAACGUCUAGCAACAACCUCUGACCUGAUCUGUCCGCCGUCACCACACACAAGGGAUACAGCUACUCAUCCUACACCACCACCAGAUGGACCUCUGAUAGCUGAUGAAGACAGCAGCACUGUGGUUAAAACAGAAGCUAUUUCACAAAAGCCAGUUUCAGAAAGCCCAUCCACAGCUACUUCCACUGCCAGUGCUCAGGCACCAAUCACUGAGAAGGAGAAAAUGAAUGAUGUUUUGCCCAGUAAUCAAGCAGCACUUGAAGGGAACUCACCUGCUGUAGUCCCAGCUGCAAUUCAGAAAGUUCCUUCUAGAACACCUAAAGCCAACAAACAUGCCAGAGAACCAAUCAUAAACACCAAGAGGUCUGAUGACCCCUUAGCUCCCAACGAGUGUAUAAUAGAUCUGGACCAUAAUAAAUUUAAGUGUAAAGUCUCUGGCUGCUCGAAAGCGUUCCGGAAAGCUAAGCUGUUGGACUAUCACCUGAAGUACUAUCACAACACUGAGAAAGAAAUGGACACCGAGGUCUGCUCCCCAGAGAGGGAGGGCCGCACCAGGGCCACGUCUGCUUCCAUGCCUACAAGCACAUUAUCAGAUGUCCCCGAUAACAAGAGGCGCAGGACCGUCUCUACUUCUUCCUCUCUGUCCUCUCAGGGCUUCAUGCUUCAAAUGGACAGUGGUGGCUGUGUGCGGCCUUCUAAGUUUUGUAAAAAGAAACGCUCGUCUGCCUCUAUGAGUUCAGACAGUACAGAGGUCUCCCUUCCACCUCCCACCUUUGAUAACCUCCACGACAAGAUUAUCAAGAAGGACAAGCACUUGGAUGGUCUUUGUAUAAAAACAGAGCGUAAAUUUAAACUGGAUGAUAAAUGUCAACUGUUUGUCAAAAAGAGGGAUAAAGACCGGAGAGACAGAAAAGAAAAGGACCUUUUCCGAAUUAAACAGAAGAAAAAGAAAAAAAAGAAGAAGAAAUCAAAACUGCAUUGUUACCCAGACCUGGAUGAGAUGUCGUUGGCUUACUUGGAGAGACCGUCUUCCCCACCGCAUCGUUCUUCCUCUAGUGCCUUCAAGCACAGCACCUUCCAAUACCCUCGUGCCAUACUAUCUGUCGACCUCACCGGGGAGAACCUUUCAGACAUCGACUUCCUGGAAGACUCGACCACUGAGAGCUUACUGUUCAGUGGAGAUGAGUAUAACCAGGAUCUAGACUCAAUCACUAUGGAGGACUUUCAGGAUGAGGAUGAUGAUGGUGCUGAUGAAAUUGUUCGCUGCAUAUGCGAGAUGGAUGAAGAAAAUGGCUUCAUGAUUCAGUGUGAAGAAUGUAUGUGCUGGCAGCACAGUGUAUGUAUGGGGCUUUUGGAGGACAGCAUCCCUGAACAGUACAUCUGUUACAUCUGUAGAGACCCUCCAGGUCAGAGGUGGAGCGCAAAGUACCGCCAUGAUAAAGACUGGCUUCAAAAAGGCCACAUGUACGGCCUGUCUUUCCUCGCCGAGAACUACUCGCAUCAGAAUGCCAAGAAAAUCGUGUCCACUCACCAGCUGCUGGCUGAUGUUUACAGUGUUAAAAACCUGCUCCAUGGCCUUCAGCUAAAGAUGGAUAUUUUACAGAACAAGCAUAACCCAAGUUUACACUUGUGGGCUCGGUCUUGGGUAAACUCUGAUGAGGACCAGCCUAUGGGUGGAGUUCCAGACGGUCUACAUUUCAAAGAGCACCUUAAUCAGAAUUCAAACCCUGAAACCUACAUUACUAGUGAGCACAGCUACCAAAAACCACCUGGGACUGGUGCCGAGCACACAAGAGAUGAGCAGGGGAUGCAAAUGGGCUCUCAGUUUAACAUAAAGGAAGAAGAGGUCAGCAGUGCCAUUGCUCUGUCUGGAUGUGUUAAUGACAGCAGUGUGGAGCAGACCAGGAACUGCCUGCAGUGGCAGAUGAACCUGCUCACACACAUAGAGGACAUUCAGAACCAGUUGUCGGGCCGCAUGGACCUCAUUGAGAAAGAGCUUGAUGUGCUGGAGAGCUGGCUGGACUUCACUGGUGAAUUGGAGCCUCCUGAUCCUCUGGCCCGACUCCCUCAGCUCAAGUGCCGCAUCAAACAGCUUCUGACUGACCUGGGAAAAGUGCAGCAGAUGAGCACCCUCUGCUCUGUGUGAUACAUGCAUUAUAGUGUCUUUUCUAAGCUUCUAACAACAAUCUGCGCACUCAAGGAGGUGUAUUCUCUUCAGUGGUUGUGUGCUCCCCUUGAAGAUGAACGCUGGCCAUGACCAAGUCUGAGAUUCAUGCUGAAUGUGUCAAACAGGAAGAUGUCAGUGAGCCUAAACUGCAUUUGUGCUUAAAGAGAAUGUUGUUGUCCAAAAUAGGAAAACAUCACUAUAGGAU